UUCAAAAUGGCCGCCCACGGUAGACAACCGGUCGUAUCCUUUUAAGAAGCCUCGUGUCAGCGAUUAUAUUUGAUUUUAUGCCUUUUUAUGCAUGUCUUCUUAACACAGUUGUUCAGUUGUCCUCCACACCACUACAGAUUCUGUAUUAUCUGAACGGCUGGUAUUCUGCCGCUUUCUUCAUAGCUGAGGGUCUUAUGUUUGUUUAUAAAGGUGUGUUACUGCCAUACACUCAAGCUAAUCUGAUACUAGAUGUUGUUCUUCUGCUUCUCUUCCUGGGCCUUGAAAUCCUCAGACUCUUUUAUGGCCGGAAGGGAAACCUGUGUCAGCGUUCACUGGCACUGUUUACAAGUGUUGGUAUUUUGGUGCCCUGUGCAGUGCUGAGCGUCUACUACCUUAUACUACAGACGUUUGUUUUACGGUUUGAGUUUGUACUCAAUGCCGUACUACUCUGCUUUUACAGUCUUGAGCUGGUCCUGGGGCUGAUGACCAUCUCUGUUUUUACAAGGGCUAAAAUUUAUUGAGUAUCUGUAAAUCUUUCCCUGAUGUCAACAUGAAAACGCUACACUGAACAAGCUGGAGGCUUUCUGACAUUGAGAGCCUUAAAAUGCAUAACAAAUGUUGGUAGGCAUAUUUUUUUAAGUAAACAUUUUAUUUGUACCAAACAAAUGUAUAAAAAACCAUCUAGUUCAUAGGAUGUAAUGAAAGUAGUAAAAUGCAAUGUUAAUUGUAAUGUAAAUGUAUAUAUGUAAAUCUAAAGGUUAAUAAAUCGUCAAAUGAAACAGU